AUGUUCGUCUCCAGAGCAGCUGCUCGGCUUCAAUGCCGAAGAGGCACUCAUCUACCACACCUACGCUCCCUUCAUGAUCUCCAGAAGCACCCUCAGAGUAGGUUCCUGCAGGUUUCGGAAGAGGUGCGCGACGCUGUUGCAACUGGAAAGCCAGUUGUUGCACUGGAAACAACAAUCUAUACACACGGCUUUCCGUACCCCGAGAAUGUUGCGCUUGCACAGCUUCUGGAAUCAGUAGUGCGGAAGAAUGGUGGUGUUCCCGCAACCAUCGGUAUUCUCGGGGGUGUGGCUCGGGUUGGAAUGAGUCCCGACGAGAUCGUCGAGUUGGCCUCGACUGUCGAGAACAAGAGUGCCAUCAAAGUCUCUCGCAGGGAUCUUGGGUACAUUUGCGGCAUGGGUAUGGCUGGGAAAAAGAUUCAUGGUGGUACCACCAUUUCGGGCACAAUGAUUCUUUCUGAGCUCGCUGGCAUUCGAAUCUUUGGCACUGGAGGCCUUGGAGGCGUUCACCGUGGGGGUGAGAACACCAUGGAUGUUUCUGCCGACUUGACUGAAUUGGGUCGCACCCCGGUGACCGUCAUCAGCUCUGGAAGCAAGAGUUUCUUGGAUAUUCCUCGCACUCUUGAAUAUCUCGAAACGGAGGGUGUCUGCGUGGGAACCUUUGCCGAUGGCCGCACAGGUCCAGUGGAUUUCCCCGCUUUCUACUCCAGAGAUAGUGGGAUUCGCAGCCCCAAGGUGAUUCAAAAUGAAGCCGAAGCCGCUGCAAUUGUUUAUGCGCAAUCUCAUCUUCCCGUCCGCUCGGGUCUCCUUUUCUGCAACCCCGUGCCUGAAGAAGCGUCGUUUGACAAAUUGGAAAUGGACCGUAUUGUUGCGGAGGCAGUUCGUCUCGCUGAGGUCCAAGGCUACACAGGCAGUGAUAACACUCCCUUCGUCUUGGCCAAGAUCAAGGAACUUAGCGGGGGAAAGAGCGUUGUUGCAAACCGCGCCUUGAUCGAGUCUAAUGUCCAGCGGGCAACCCGAGUGGCCGUGGAGCUGGCUAAGCUGGAGAAUGGCGACCGUGGAGUCAAGGCUGGACAUAUGCCUGCCAUCCCUAGUCCCACCAAAUCUACCAACCUAGAUCAGCCCAAAUCUCACCAGACUGUUUCACCACCGUCUCAGUCUCACGCUCCAGAAAAAGCAGAUCUCGUCGUAGCUGGCUCGCUCGCAAUCGACCUGUCCUGUGACUACGCUCCCUUCACGCCAGAGAGCAGUCAAGACGCACCCGUACCGCACACCUCUAAUCCUGCAGUCAUCGGGCAGAGUUUGGGUGGCGUUGGUCACAAUGUCGCCCUGGCUGCCCGGUACAUCGGGAGCGAGGUGCUCUUCUGCAGUGUGGUUGCAGAUGAUUUGAGCGGACGAGCGGCUCUCUCAGCCCUUGAAACCGAAGGUCUUGACAAUGCAGGCAUUCAGAUACUUCCCGCGAAAUCAGGUACACGGACAGCACAGUAUGUGGCCAUCAACGAUGCAAAGAAGGAUCUCGUCGUUGCCAUGGCAGAUAUGGGAAUCGUGGAGCUUUCCGAGAAGGAGUUGGACUUUGACCAGUUCUGGGAACCAUUGAUGGCAUCUGCGAAGCCGCACUGGGUAGUCGUCGACGCCAACUGGCGUCCAGAGGUCAUUGCCAAGUGGACCUCGAUGGCUCGCAAGCACGGCGCACGCGUAGCGUUCGAGCCAGUAUCCAACGCCAAGUCUCGUCGCUUAUUCCUUCGGGAUCCCGCCAGCGGAGCCGAUGCACCUAUUGGACCGACUCAGACCGUUCCCAACCAUGUCAUCAGUCUCGCCUGUCCUAACCGAUAUGAAUUAUCAACCAUGUACAUGGCUGCCCGUGAAGCGCAGCUCUUCGAUUCUCCAAGCUGGUGGGCCGCAAUUGACGCCAUGGGCCUUUCGCCCAGUGGUUCGCGCGAGCGCCUAGUCAUGGCGACGUCAGCCAAGCUGGUCGAUGAGGGUUUACCCCAGCAGUCCAUUCAGCUUCUCCCUUUUAUCCCAUGCAUUAUCACAAAGCUUGGAGGGGCCGGUGCGCUAUUAACUCAGCUCCUGCCACGUAAUGAUCCUCGAUUGACGGACCCCGAGUCCGCGCCUUAUAUUCUGUCUCGCACCAGCUCCACCGAUGUACCCUUCGGAGGGGUGUAUAUGCGUCUCUUCCCACCUGCCGCGAUCUUGGCGGCCGAUGAAGUGGUUAGCGUCAACGGUGCCGGCGAUACUCUGCUGGGUGUCUUGGUUGCUGGGCUUGCAAAAUAUCCCACGCUGCGCGUGGAGAAUGUUCUGCCUUUGGCCCAAGAGGCGAGCCGCAGGACGUUGAUGAGUGCGGGUGGAGUGAGCAAAGACCUGGAAGGCCUCGUGGCCGAGUUUAAAGCAAUUGCCCAAUAA